AUGGCAAUGCAAGGCCCGCUUGCCAACGACAAGAAACGAGUAAAAGUCUAUGAGCUACGCGACAAUGACUGGUUCGACAGAGGCACCGGAUUUUGCACCGGCCAGGUUAUUAAUGAUGAACCGCGCAUCUACGUCGAGUCCGAAGACCAGCCCGAUCGCAUGCUCCUUGAAACGCGGAUAGUGAAGGAUGACGGGUAUCAGAAGCAGCAAGAUACGCUCAUCGUGUGGACCGAGACCAAUGGCAUGGAUAUGGCUCUCAGUUUCCAAGAGGCUGAAGGGUGCGCCGUGAUAUGGGAAUUUGUUCACCAAGUGCAGCAGCAGUUGCUUGCUCUACCGGAUGACGGGCUUUCGGACGAUGCGCUUGAUAAUAUCACGACCUCGUUCACUCUCAACCCCCCCGAGCUGAGCAACCUCGACGAAAUCGAACAAUCGAUCCGGCACGCGAGCAUUACCCAGGGUGGACGCGAGGCUCUGGCAAAAUUCCUGAUUCGAGAAGAGUACCUGCUCAAAUUAAUACCACUCGUUGAAAUGGCAGAGGACCUCGAAAGUCUACCGGAUUUACACCGCUUAUGCAAUAUCAUGAAGGCCUUAAUUCUGAUGAACGAUAACACCAUCAUCGAACACUUGGUCACGGACGAUAUAAUCCUUGGCGUGGUCGGCGCGCUCGAGUAUGAUCCUGACUUCCCCACGCACAAGGCAAACCACCGUCAGUACCUGGCGGACGAAUCGAGGUACAAGGAGGUGGUGGAAAUCAAGGACCAGAACAUCAAGCAAAAGAUCCGCCAGACAUGGCGGUUACAAUAUUUGAAGGAUGUCGUGCUGGCUCGCAUUCUGGACGAUCCCACUUUUGGUGUUCUCAACUCCCUCAUCUUCUUUAAUCAAGUCGACAUUGUGCAACAUCUGCAAGGCAACACGGCCUUCUUGAAAGAACUGUUUGCCAUCUUUAAUCAGGACAACACCGACGUCAAGCGGAAGGAACAGGCAGUGCAUUUCUUGCAGCAAUGUGCUGCCAUUGCGAAGACCCUGCAGAUGCAGUCGAGAGCGAACCUCCUGAACAACUUCAUCGCCCACGGCCUCUUCGCUGUUAUCACAUUUGCCGUCAAGCACCCGGAGCCGUCGAUGAGGACGACAGGCAUUGAUAUUCUUGUGGCCCUUCUCGACCACGAUCCGAAUAUGAUGAGGAGUUACAUGCUCAAGGCAGUUUCGGAGAGGAAGGUUCCCCUGACGGACACCCUGAUCGAAUUGUUGCACGCCGAAACCGACCUGGGGGUGAAGAACCAGCUGGCGGAUGCCAUCAAGAUUCUACUCGAUCCACAACCGCCGUCGAACGACCCCAUGGGAGCUCGACAAAACUCGGAAUUCAUGACCAAACUCUCGCGGCCGCAGAUGACACCGACCCAGCAAGCCAACGAGCAAUUUGCGCAGGACAACUUUGACCGAUCGUGCCGUAAGCUGUUCCAGCCGCUAAAAGUCCUCGAGUCUCGGGAAUCGAUGCAGAACUUCAGCUACCAAGAAGUGUCAUUGUUUUCAUACCUCGUCGAGAUACUGUCCUUUUUCGUACGGCAACACUCGAUAAGAAGCCGACCUUUUGUUCUGUCGGAAAGUCUGGCCCCCCGAGUGGCUCAGCUGUUGCAGGUACCGCAGAAGCCGCUGAAAUUGACAGCAUUGAAGUUCUUCCGAACGGCAGUCUCAUUACAGGACCCGUUUUAUGCUGCCCAAGUCAUCAAAAGCGACGCAUUCGAUGCUAUCCUGGGUAUUGUCAUUGACACCAUGCCCCGGGAUAACCUCCUCAAUUCCGCGUGCCUGGAAAUGUUCGAAUUUAUCCGCAAGGAGGCGAUAAAGCCGAUCAUCAUUCAUCUCGGAGACAACUACCGUCAGAAGCUCCAGGACAUCAAUUACGUCGACACUUUCGAGAACCUGCUGAUGAGGUACGAACAGCUGACAAACGACCAUCCUGAGCCAGAGCACACGCUGUUUAGCCAAGACGAUGCGACGCCGCCAAUGAACCGAACGCACAUCAAUGGGCGGUGGCAAGGCUUGCCAGAAAUGGACGUAAGCGCCGAGGACUAUUUCAACACCUCGGAUGACGACGAGGAGGAAGGCGAAGAGGAUACCGACCGCGAAAACAUCGAAGAUGUCUCGGAGCGGAUGCAGUGGCAUCGCAGAAGGAUGAAGUCGGAAAUGAUGAACGGCGGCGCGAGUCCGAUCGGAAAGCCCCUUGUCGAUUAUCCUGACGACGACGAGGAUGAUUCCAUGGGAAGUAAAGCCGACGCUACCCCUACAACACCGCUCACGCCCGAGAGCAAUAAGGACGUUUCGUCUCCCGAAGCAAAGACGACAUCCGAGAAGAAGCUGCAACCAUCUCCAGAGAUCAAGUCCGCCACGGAGGCAGAAUUACAACAUCCUCCCGAAAGAGUUACCGAAAAGCGUAGGAGGCAAGAGGACGACGACGAAGACGAACUGAGCAAGCUCUCCAGUGGCCCGAAACGACGGAAUUCCACGUCCAGUGCUUCCAGUCUCGCAUCGCAAGGGUCAGUACGGCGGAAGAAGGGUUUCCUGCGGUCCAAACAGGCGGCUGGCGAGAACGCCAACAGUGUUUCGACGAACAACGUGGACACGGAGAACCACGUUGAAGGCCGAAAGCCACGGAAGAUCGCCAUCACCCUGUCGAACGUAACGAAUAAAACGGAUGAGACGCCGACGACGAGGGCGGAUACAAAGCUGCGGAGUCAUCAACAGUCAGUGACGACCAAGGAGUAG